UCUGUAAAAAAAAAAAAUAAAAAAUAAAGUAAACGUCUGUCAACAAGAAAUGAAAGUACAAUUACAAUAUUUAAUUAUAAAAACAGUUUUUUAAAUUAUUAUUUAGUGUAAUUAUUUUUGUAUGUUAAGUUAAGAGUUAAAUAAUUAUUAGAAUAAUAGAUUUUGUUUAAAAAAUCAAAAUGGGGCCACCGAAACGCGUAAAAAAAGAUGAUCGUGCGAAAUCAAAAAAACGCAAAGAAGAAGAUGAUUACAAUGAUGAUGAUUACGGUGAAAAUAUUGACACUGAUGGUAUACCAGACGCUGCUAAAAAUGAUGCUGAAAAAAUGGAUGAAAACGCUCUGGAGGAUGAAUUUGGUGCGAAAGAUUAUCGUUCACAAAUGAUAUUAAAGCCGGAUAAUGCUUUGAGACCUCUAUGGGUUGCUCCAAAUGGUCAUAUUUUUUUGGAGUCAUUUUCACCAGUUUAUCGACACGCUCAUGAUUUUUUAAUUGCUAUCUCAGAACCUGUUUGUCGUCCUGAGCAUAUUCAUGAGUACAAAUUAACAGCUUACUCACUCUACGCAGCAGUGAGUGUCGGAUUACAAACCCACGAUAUAAUUGAAUAUUUAAAAAGAUUAAGUAAAACGAGUAUUCCCGAUGGUAUAAUUGAAUUUAUACAGUUAUGUACACUAUCAUACGGCAAAGUGAAAUUAGUUUUGAAGCAUAACAAAUAUUUCGUCGAGUCGCCAUUUCCUGACGUACUUCAAAAAUUACUAAAAGAUCCAGUUAUUCAGGAAUGCCGCUUACGUAAAAAAGUUGACGAUCCUGAGAAAGACGGCUUGAUAACAAACAUCCAAACUAAAAUAGCCGCCCCGCAAUUCGGCGCUAAACCCCUGGUAGUAAAUCCUCCAGCAGCAUCCAGCACAACUGGUGACCCUAAAGAUCCAGCUGCUGAAGCAGCUCCGGUACCUGAAGACAUAACAAAAUUUUUUGAUAAAAUGGACAAAGAAGACGAAGACGAAGAGGAAGACCAGCAACUAAAAAUCGUCAGUUUUGAAGUCAAUCAGGAAAAAAUAGAAGUAAUUCAAAAGCGUUGCAUCGAAUUAGAGUAUCCACUGCUAGCAGAAUAUGAUUUCCGAAACGACACCGUUAAUCCAGACAUAAACAUUGACUUGAAACCGUCAGCAGUAUUGCGGCCAUACCAAGAAAAAAGUCUGCGCAAAAUGUUCGGUAAUGGACGCGCACGUUCUGGGGUCAUCGUCUUGCCCUGCGGUGCCGGUAAAAGUUUAGUUGGGGUCACAGCAUGUUGUACUGUACGCAAACGUGCUCUUGUACUCUGUAACUCGGGUGUGUCAGUCGAACAAUGGAAGCAACAGUUCAAAAUGUGGUCGACUGCCGAUGACUCGAUGAUCUGCCGGUUCACCAGCGAAGCCAAAGACAAACCAAUGGGCUGCGGGAUACUUGUGACAACUUAUUCCAUGAUAACUCAUACGCAAAAGCGAUCAUGGGAAGCUGAGCAGACAAUGAAAUGGUUGCAGGAACAAGAGUGGGGUAUCAUGGUCUUGGACGAAGUGCAUACGAUACCCGCCAAAAUGUUCCGUCGUGUAUUAACGAUUGUUCAGUCGCAUUGUAAGUUAGGUUUGACUGCAACACUUUUGCGAGAGGAUGAUAAGAUAGCAGACUUAAAUUUUUUGAUUGGUCCAAAAUUGUACGAAGCCAAUUGGUUGGAAUUACAAAAACGCGGUUUCAUUGCGCGGGUACAGUGCGCUGAAGUUUGGUGCCCGAUGACACCUGAAUUUUAUCGCGAAUAUUUGAACUGUAAAAUGAGCAGAAAAUUGUUACUGUAUGUAAUGAAUCCCAGUAAAUUUCGUGCCUGUCAAUAUUUGAUUCGUUAUCAUGAAAGACGUGGUGACAAAACGAUUGUAUUUUCUGAUAAUGUCUUCGCGUUGAAACAUUAUGCGAUCAAAAUGAACAAGCCGUAUAUUUAUGGGCCAACUAGUCAAACUGAGCGAAUUCAAAUUUUACAAAAUUUCAAAUUUAAUACUAAAGUUAACACGAUAUUUGUAAGUAAAGUUGCUGAUACGUCGUUUGAUUUACCAGAGGCAAAUGUGUUGAUUCAAAUUUCAUCGCACGGUGGAUCGAGAAGACAAGAGGCGCAGCGAUUGGGACGGAUUUUGAGAGCGAAAAAAGGCGCGAUUGCUGAAGAGUAUAAUGCGUUUUUUUAUACACUGGUAUCACAGGAUACUGUUGAAAUGAACUAUUCGAGAAAACGUCAGCGGUUUCUUGUAAAUCAAGGGUAUGCGUAUAAAGUUAUCACUAAAUUGUCGGGAAUGGAUGAAGAGCCAGAUUUGUUUUAUAAGACUAGAGAGGAACAGGGUCAGUUAUUGCAGCAAGUUUUGCUAGCCAGUGAUACGGAUGCUGAUGAGGAAAGAAUUCCGGGUGAUGGUUUUCGUCCUAUUAUGAGAAAAGCUGGAAAUUUAGCAUCGAUGUCUGGAGCAGACGAUGCAGUUUAUUACGAGUAUAAAAAAUCAGCGUCUUCAUCGACGGCGAAUAAACACCCGUUGUUUAAAAAGUUUAGAUCAUAGUUUUUUUUUGUUUAUUAUAGAAGAUAUUAAAACUGUAUCUAAUUUAUUUAAAUUAUAAAUAAAUUUGUUACUGAUUUUAAACGACGAAAGAAACAAAGAGUUGAUUUCUAAGGUUACUCGAGUAAUUUUGGACUUUAAUUCUAGCAGACCAUCGUGGAGUUGAAAAAUAUUUGAGUAGAGGUGAGGCUGAGUAAAAAAGUAAAUGAGUAGAUAGUCUACUUCCCUUAACUACGAAGCUUUGUGGCGAAAAACUGCCGUAGUCAAAUAAAAAAUUGAAUAAAAUAGAGAAAAAUCUGGUGAAUCUUCUAGUACAAAAACCUGGCAAAAAAAGUUGUAAUUUUUUUUGUUAUUAACAAAAACGUUUUGCAAGUA